CUGCUUCCCAGAGGCCGGAUCCGGAGCCGCCCGAGGCUGGUGCCGCAGCCCCCGGCGACCCCGCACCCCCGACAUGUCCUUCCGCAAAGUGGUCCGACAGAGCAAAUUUCGGCACGUGUUCGGGCAGCCGGUGAAGAAUGACCAGUGCUAUGAGGACAUCCGAGUGUCCCGUGUCACCUGGGACAGCACCUUCUGUGCCGUCAACCCCAAGUUCCUGGCUGUGAUCGUGGAGGCCAGCGGCGGGGGCGCCUUCCUGGUGCUCCCCCUGAGUAAGACGGGCCGCAUUGACAAGGCCUACCCGACUGUGUGUGGCCACAGGGGACCCGUCCUGGACAUCGAUUGGUGCCCCCAUAAUGACGAAGUCAUCGCUAGCGGCUCGGAGGACUGCACCGUCAUGGUGUGGCAGAUACCCGAGAACGGGCUGGUGUCCCCGCUCACGGAGCCUGUGGUAGUAUUGGAAGGCCACACCAAGCGAGUGGGCAUCAUCAGCUGGCAUCCGACCGCCCACAACGUCCUGCUCAGCGCAGGCUGCGACAACAUGGUGCUCAUCUGGAACGUGGGCACAGCGGAGGAGCUGUACCGCCUGGACAGCCUGCACCCCGACCUCAUCUACAACGUCAGCUGGAACCACAACGGUAGCCUCUUCUGCACGGCCUGCAGGGACAAGAGCGUCCGCAUCAUCGACCCCCGCCGUGGCACGCUGGUGACGGAGCUGGAGAAGGCGCACGAGGGCACCCGGCCCAUGCGGGCCAUCUUCCUGGCUGACGGCAAAGUGUUCACCACCGGCUUCAGCCGCAUGAGCGAGCGGCAGCUGGCGCUCUGGGACCCGCAAAACCCAGGGGAGCCCAUGGCGCUGCAGGAGCUAGACUCGAGCAACGGGGCCCUGCUGCCCUUCUACGACCCCGACACCAACGUGGUCUACGUCUGUGGCAAGGGCGACUCCAGCAUCCGCUACUUCGAGAUCACCGAGGAGCCCCCCUACAUCCACUUCCUGAACACGUUCACCAGCAAGGAGCCGCAGCGCGGGAUGGGCAGUAUGCCCAAGAGGGGCCUGGAGGUCAGCAAGUGCGAGAUCGCCCGGUUCUACAAGCUGCAUGAGCGCAAGUGCGAGCCCAUUGUCAUGACCGUGCCCAGGAAGUCCGACCUCUUCCAGGACGACCUGUACCCAGACACGGCCGGGCCCGAGGCGGCCCUGGAGGCGGACGAGUGGGUGAGCGGGCAGGACGCGGACCCUGUGCUCAUCUCCCUGCGGGGGGCCUACGUGCCCAGCAAGCAGCGGGACCUGAAGGUCAGCCGGCGCAACGUGCUGUCGGACAGCCGGCCCGCGGGGACGCCGGGCACCGCCCCGGCCGCCAGCAGCCUCUCAGGAGCCGGGGAGGCCGGGAAGCUGGAGGAGUUGCUGCAGGAGCUGCGGGCGCUGCGCGUGCUGGUGAAGGAGCAGGACGAGCGCAUCGGCCGCCUGGAGGAGCAGCUGGGCCGCCUGGAGAACGGGGACGCCUAGGGGGGCGCCUAGGGG